AUGAGCAAGACUGAUAAUCCUCCUCGUAGUCACAACUCAUUUCUUAUUACGAAAAUGCCAGCCUCCAAGAACUUCGGCAGCGAUGUCGUGAGCAAGAAGAUGAAUAGGCUGAAGGAGUACAAGAGGGCACAGAAAGAGAAGAAACUCGCACUGCGCGCCACAGCCGCCGCUCAACAGAUCAAGGCGAAGAAGAUGUCCUCUGCUUCUGCUAAAGCGGUUAAACUGAGUGAUGCUGAAUCCAAUAAGGCUGCUCUAGCACCGGAAGACACACUGGACAUUGUCGCGCUGCGCAAAGCCUUGGAGCUUGCGUUGUAUGAGAAGAUGGAAACACCGCGCCAGAUGCUUAUCCGGUGCGACUUCAAGGCUUACAUGGAUACCGAGUUCCAUGGCAAGGACGCUGAAUUCGACUACAUAGCACCACAUGCCGUAUAUUUUGACGAUAAUGGAUUUCAGGCAACCAUCCACACAAGCGGCUCCAACACACAAGACAGAUUGUUGGCCCAUGAGGUAGAGCUUUCGCCAUUGGAGCAGAUUGAGACUGAGAAGAACGUCGCCCUCUCACAUCCUGCUCCCCAAGCACGCCGAUGCGACUCUCGUUUCUUCGAACACAUACUUUCUGCCGCAUCCGCUCAGGAGACUGUUACUGCCAAAGUGCAGGACGCCACCAAGUGUUCGACUGGUUCUCAACCACCCGACUCUAUGUCUACACAGCUACCACACUUAAUGGAUCCAGCCAUCAUCAGCCAUAAGAUCAAGCAACAGAUACCUGCAAAGCUGGGAAUACUUGUCACCAACACCCAAACAAUGAGCAAGCAUGCAGAGGGCACUGGUCUGAAUAACAGUCCCUCAAGCCUCACCACUACACUCGUGUCGACGCCAGACUCUUCACCUACCAGCACUCAUCGCUCCAGUGUCUCUUCAUCGGUUGGAUUUCAUGCUCGUGCCUAUACGCCUCCAACGCCCCAACUAACUUCUGCGACUUUAGGUUACUGGGGUCAUUGUUCUUACCCUAAGCCUGGCGAUAUUGCUGACUGGAGCCUUCUGGAUUUGAAUUCGAGAACAUGA